AUGGAGAACAUGAUGCAGGGCAAUAAGAUCAGACGAGUUGCAGCUACUCGCAUGAAUGAGAGGUCAUCUCGAUCACACACGAUUUUCCGGAUUAUUCUGGAGUCGAAAGAUGCCAAUCAGAAAGAUGGACCUGUACAUAUAAGCUACCUUAACUUAAUGGACUUAGCUGGUUCUGAGAGAGUUUCUCUGACGAAAGCUGCUGGUGAGCGUCUUAAAGAGGGGGCUAACAUAAACAAAUCUUUGUCAGUAUUAGGAAAUGUGAUAAGGCAACUAAGCGAGGGGAAGGAGUUUAUCAGUUAUCGCGAUUCGAAAUUGACUAGACUGCUCUCACAGGCUCUUGGCGGUAAUGCCAAAUCAUUGAUUAUCGGGAAUAUCAGACCAAUGAUCCACCGCGAAGUAGCCGAUGGUCUAGAGCGUCUUUGGAACGUAAGAGUAAACUGCAUAUGGGAAGCCGAUGAAAGUAGUCGCCAUGGAGAGGUUUAUAUAUUCGACCAUGUAUUUAAGCAGGAAUGUACAAAUUCAGAUGUAUAUGGAUCUGUAGUAAAACCUUUAGUCGAUUCCUUCAUGGAAGGUUUCAAUGCCACAAUAUUUGCAUAUGGCCAAACAUCUUCUGGCAAAACACACACCAUUUUGGGCAAUAAAACAGAUCCUGGGCUUUUCCAAUUAGUAUCCAAUCAGUUAUUCCAGCAUGUGGCAGACCAGGUUGAUAAGAGGUACUUGAUUAGAUGCAGUUAUAUUGAAAUCUACAAUGAAAAGAUCAAUGACCUCCUGGAUAAGAGCAAUCAGGGUUUAACUAUAAGGAAGAUAUCAAAGGAAAUGUGCUGCUUGAUGCAAGGGAAGCUGUCGUAG